AUGGCUACCCAGCGUUACCCGAGAGGCAAUUCUCGACGGUUCACAAGAAGCUCUCCAGUUCCCACAGCCAUGACAUCUGCAUAUCCCUAUCCCCACAUCCCGGAGGCUGCACAAGACAGGGAUGCGGACACGUUAACUGGCCCGUUUGCUUCCGAGCCGUUUUCUGUCAAACGAGUUGUGCAGAGAACAAGCUCAUCUGAAUGGGGAGAUUACGCGACAGCGACGGCACGCUCCACUCUUGAGCCAAUCGUGAACGCUGAGAAUGAAGAGCUCUUUCGCACGUUCCACCCUGCGCUAGCGCCUGUGGCUUGUGUAAUGGCUGUGCGUCUCCGGAGAAGCGAGCCUUAUAUUUGGGUUGUUGUUCUUCAACCUGAUACGGAUACCGAUGCCAUUGGCACUCAUGCUGGUGAUAGGGAGAUCCACUUCCGUCCUCCGUUUCUCUCUGCGUGGCGCGAGGGCGUCCUGCUUGCCGGGUCGUCUGCACCACAGAGAUUGCCAGUCAACGUGAGACGUAUGCUCACUGCUAAAGAUCUGAAUGACGUGCGACUCUUCUGGCCAAAAUCUGUCGGCAUUAGAAUUCUCAUCUCAGGAGUCGCCCUUAUGAUAUAUACAAACGAGAGCGAUUUGCAUCGGGACAGAGAGCGUUGCCCCUUGACUUUUGGGGAAUUAGAGGUGGGGUACAUCUUAGAAGACCAUGUCCCAACGGCAGAUAGACAGGGGCGGAUUGUGAGUGUAGGCCAUGCUGUUGCCUUGGCAGAAGCUACCCGCCCAUCUACAGCCCUUGGGCUACGUUUGCGUCUUCGAAACGGUGUCGAAGCAAUUACUGUUGUCACGCAUGGGUUUGUACCUGACAGUCAAGGGAGCGUUAUGGAACAUUUCUCUUAUUGGGUAAACAAUGCCAAGAAGACGCUUUCAAGAUUUCUCCCCUUUUCAGCGGCAAAGGACUUACCACCAGAUGGUGAAGUUCGUGAGACUGUCACCUACCGCUCCCCUUUGGGAAAAACAGUUUGGCUUGCAAAUACGAACACCAAGAUUGGGAGAAUCGCAUAUACAUUUGAUGAGCCGCAUCCGUCCCGACCAUACCCAUCAGGGUACAAACACGAUCUUUCCCUAGUUGUGGGUCAGUUAGUUGAUCUCAAGCCGCCUUGGGGUAUCCAAGAAUUGAAAUGGGGCGAGUACCAAGACGCACUUGAUAAUGCCGGUUCUGCGUUCAUAUGCAGGUUUAACCCCCCUAAUGAUUACGGAGCAGCACGACGUGGCUAUAUUCCUACCGAUCAAGCUCCAAGGGCCCUUUUGGAAGGAACGGAAUACCUAUGGGACAGGGACAACCUAACGUCAAGUGCUGCGCUAAUUUGGCGCACUGUCCCUGCGGAUCUUGAUCUAAGAACUUGGUCUGGCUGUGCCCUGUGCUUGGGGAGUCCAUCCGAUAGGACCGUCCAAGUCGUUGCCUUCCAGAACUUUCAGUGUACAAUCCGGAGAGAUGGAACGGAGUCUGAUCGGAACGAGCGGACAACUUUUGAUUAUUUCAAGGGCGGUUUCCUCUUACCAGAGGAGAUAAGACAGGCGGAGAUCAUACUAAGCCCACAGGAGUUUCCCGUGAGAAGGCAAUUCCAAUCUGAGCCGACAUCAGAUCCUCCUGCUCGUGGGCAUGGACGGAAGGAAUUCAGUUCCCCUUGCUAA